AAACUAUGCAUUCUGUUAGAUUAAAUAAUCUAAAUUUGAAAUAGCAAAGGAUUACGCUAUUAGGUUGAAAUGAUAUAGAGGUUUAAAAAUAUGAGUUUGUGGAAAAGACUCAAUUCCUUUCCAGCACAGUAAUUGGAAACAUUGAAACUCUCGAAUCUACUUCUAAAAAUAGUUUCCAAGUUCUCCUCUAGUGAUAUAUAGUGUAAUGCAAGAAUGGAAAGAUAUCUGGGAGAAAGAAAACUAUGUCAGGAUUCCAAUACGGGUUGGAAACCUAACCUGGCCAACCAACAGUACUCCUAUAGAGGAAGAACAGAUCCAAGUAUAUUCUUCUUUCCAGGUUGUUGCUAUAGCAGUGAUAUCGGGCUUCUUCUCCUUUCUUACAAUCCUGGGAAAUAUAAUGGUGAUGAUAUCCUUCAAGCUGGACAAGCAGCUGCAGACCAUCAGCAACUAUUUCCUGUUCUCCUUAGCUGUAGCUGACUUUACUAUUGGAGUAUUCUCUAUGCCAAUGUUUACCGUCUACACUGUUGUAGGAUUUUGGCCAUUUGAACCAUUUGUCUGUGAUACUUGGCUUGCAGUGGAUUAUCUAGUGAGUAACGCAAGUGUUAUGAAUCUUCUUAUCAUAUCCUUUGAUAGAUAUUUCUCUGUAACCAGACCUUUGUCAUAUCGAGCAAGACGCACAACUAGAAAGGCAGCAACAAUGAUUACCUCUGCCUGGGUUCUCUCCUUGAUAAUCUGGGUUCCCUGGAUCUACGCCUGGCCUUAUAUAGAAGGGAUUGAACGAACUGUAGAAGAGAAAGCAGAAUGUGUUGUUCAGUUCUUGGAUAAGAAUAUAGCUCUCAAUGUUCUCUGCGCUAUGGCAGCAUUCUUCCUACCUGCAACAAUCAUGUGCGGACUAUAUCUUAGGGUUUGGUGGGAAACAGUUAAACGGCAACGUGAUUUGGUGCACCUGCAGGCAGGCAAGAAAAUGAGCAGUAAACGAUCUGAUUCAAGUGAAGAAUAUGGAGAUUCAAAAAUCCAGGAUCUUAGUGGACUAACUCUUGUUAAAACUGGAAAUACAUUUUUGUUAAAUGGGGAGCAGAGUCGGCGCAGUAGAAUCCCUCUUCCUAUUCAGAAUAUAAUCUCAAGGAUUAGAAGAGAAGAAACACAAGAAACAAGAGAAGUGAUACCUUUAAACCCUCCUGAUACAGUUACUAACCCUGUCCCAGCUCCUAUAGAUGGGUCAGCUCCUAGACAAUAUUAUCCACAAGAAAAUGGAUGUGCAGGAGAUGUAUAUACAAUCCUAAUCUAGCUUCCUAAUUUAGGA